GCAGGACAGAGCGGGGACAGCAGCGGAGGAAGAAGCACACACCUGGAAUUCAGACACAUACUGAAAAAGUAGUGAAAAGUGACACCCCAUUUGACAAGAGGAUUGUUCAAAUCUGCCAUCCACAAUGUUAAUGCGGUCUCAUUCAGAGAGAAGAGCCCUCCUUGGGUUCUCAGCCCUGCUGACACACAGCACUCCAGAGCAGAGAGAUGCAACCUCCCCUUCUCCCUUAUCCUUCACCCCACGGGAGUCCAUCUUUACACCCAUAUCUCUUACUUCGCCACCUCCCUGGGUGACUCAGGCCCUUUCUAACCUGGAGCAAGGAGAACAAGAACUGCAAAGCCUCAGAGAGCGACAGCAGGCUGAAGUGGAGGAGGUGAACCGUGAGUUGGACAAUGCUGUGAUUGAAGCUCAGAGAGAGGAGCGGCGCCUUCUUGAGAAGAUUGAGCAAGACCACAGAGAAGCUCAGCGGUACCUUAGUCAGUUGAAGAGGGAGAACGCUGCAGCUGUGCGAGUUGUGCAGUCACUUGUUGAUCAGGAACUUAGAAAACUUGGACAACUGAAAGAGCAGAUACAAAGAUGGGGCAGUACUGCUGGUGGAUCCAACAAAAAUCAGCUGCAGAGAGGAGUGGCAGAGGUCACCCAACCUUGGGAAAUCUCUCUAACACUUAAAAGGGUCAGUUUCUUACCAAGCCCUGGGUCCAAGACCUUAAGCUUAGGGGAAGUUGAUGUUCAUGAGCAGGGCAUGACCUACCCAAUUGGUGUCUGUGGUGUCCAAGGACAAAAGUGUGCCUUGCACUCAGGAGAUAAAGCAUUUUCAAACAUUACUCCUCUUGAAAUUCGAAAGGAACCACAACCCAACAGAGCUGGGCAACGGUACAGCCCAGAGGAGAGCAAUAAGGUAAACAGUGGGAACAUGCGUGUUGUCCGGAAACUACGUCUGUCAAGCUCUACAGAAAAUGAGGAUGAGCUCAAAUCACCCACCUUAAAGUCCCCCAUACCAAGACAUCGUGGUGUAUCUGAGUCAUCCCAAGAUGAGGAAGUGGAGUCUGUGUGUUCAGACACACUGGGGCAAGACCUUUUCCUUGCUAUCCCACCAGUCUCCAGUCAGGGAGAAUCUGAAGGUGAUGAAUCUGAUGGCAGACAAAAUGGAACGAAGAGGCGUGCCACACUGAAGGGUAAGAGGAAGCAAAAGGCCCUUGUCUUGGUCUCAAGUGAAGAACCAUCCUGUCCUCCUGAAGAAACAGAUGAAAAAAUAAGUGAUGUGGCAAUAUCUCCAAAGACUAUGCGCAAAGGUUCACUCUCUCGGCACAGUCUUAUUGAUCUUUUCACUAGACAUCAUCCACCUUCUCAACACACCCUUUCCAAGAAAAAGACUUCACAUGAAUCUUCAAUGGACAGUGGAAGUCCUCCAUCCCCAGUGGACAGUGAGGAUUCCUGUUACACCUAUACUGUAAAUACUCCAGUCAGUGGAUCACUCAAGCAAGAGCACUGCCGCUCAAUGUCCACCACUGACCUCUCAGGUAAACUUCACCCUUUGAUUAAUAGUGACAAGGGUGAGCGUAGAGGAAUCAGAAAGGUCAACAGAAUGCGUCUUGCCUCUGAACCUUCAACUCUUGAAAAAGGCCAAGAAAAUGACAAAGAGUCAGACGGGAACAUUGUGAGUUCUGAUGAACGACAAUCAAGAUCCCAGACUCGUGUUACACAGGGUUUAAGUUUAAAUCAGGUGAGCAGAUCUCUGUCCUUGUCAGCAAUUGAAGGAGACAAAUUACACCAAGACAAAGACUCACAACAGUACAGCAAAGAUAAGAAAGACAGAGUUGUAACAGCAUUGAGGGAACUCAAGGAAGAGGGUGGUUCAACAGCGCUUGACUCAGCUUAUCUGGUCAAACAGUUUGGAAAACAAGGAUCAGGCCGAACUGACUUCAAUCUCCCAAGCGGCGUCCAUGCAACUGUCAAAGGGCAGCUCUUUGUGGUGGAUUGUGGAAAUGCCCGCAUUCAGGUGACUGAUCUCCAGAAGAAUGUUGUACAGCAGGUGUCUCCUUCGGGCUCAGAAAGGUCUUCUCGUAUCUGCAACUACUUUGACGUGGCUGUGAACUCAAAGGGCCUCAUUGCCCUGACCUGUGCUGCUGAACGAGCUGUGUUGGUGUUCAGUCGUCAUGGACGGCUCCUGCAAACAUUUGGAGGCACAAUGAUUGGUUCCACCAAUGAAGAGCUGGAUGCUCCCAGAGGGGUGACUGUUACUCGUCAGGAUGAGUUCUUGGUCGCUGACAUCAAGCGUGGCACCCUAACCUCCCUAAAGCUGGACCCCAAAACUGGGGCCCGAUUGGAGCGCACUGUGGUGACCGGGUACCACAGACCCUACCUGGUGGCAGCCUGUCUCGCCACCGGGCUUAUGGCAGUAGCCGAACGCGGAAAUGAAACUGGACGUGUCCCAUGCAUUCGGGUCCUUGAGCCUAGCUGGAACACUAUCCGAAUCCUGGGGGUGUGCUCUGGCCUGGGGCCUGUUUUGACCUGCCCCUGGGGUCUCUGUAUCGAUAGCGAUGGGGAUGUCCUGGUGGCAGACUGGGGAAAGCAGCACCACCGUGUUCUUCUCUACCCAUCCAAAGGAGUUGGCUGGCCUCUGGUGACUGAUAACCUGAGUAGCCCAAGGGGCCUGGCACUGCUUCCUGAUGGCCAUAUGGUGGUGUCAGACAGCAUGAAUCACUGCAUCAAGAUCUACCGCUACAAGUGAACCGCAGAGAAUGUUUGAGAAGAAAAUUAAGACAAAUCUGGAUAGCGUUAAGACUAGAUGCUGUGAUAAACUAAAAAGGUUAAAUCUGUAAUGGCAGGCAAUAUCUUGGAAACGUGAGUUUCUUGAGUAUAAUUCGCAGUCUCUACCUCCUACUUGCUUUAAUUUGAUAAGAUCGUGUUUGAUGAGGUUUAGGAGAAUUGGAGAUAGCACUUUAUUUUUUCAUUAAUUUUAUGAUAAUCAGUAGUUGCAAGGCAAAUGUAAAAUAUUAGAUCACAUUUAUUCAGUCCAUAAGAUACAAGUAGAGGAUUAAAGUACUAAUGCAUGCUUUUAAAUUAGUUAAUGAGUGUUUCUAAUGUAUUUUAUUUUCUCAAAUUAAACUACAGUAAAACUUGGUAGCCCAUAAUGCUUUGUUCCUGAGUGACAUUGAAUGAAAUUUUGUGAAUUUUGCCUAUAAUGCAAAAGUAAUCAGUAAUCAAUACAAAUUUGAGAACUUUCAACAGAUCAAACAAUUUAGCUAGAUUAAGCUUGGGAGGAGCUUAAUGAUUUUUGUACUGUUCUCUUAGUAAGACAAAUUAAACUUGAUUUACAUCUAA